CUCAGGGGACGUUCCGUGUCUAACCCAGUUUUAAACAAUUUCGUUUAUUUAGCUACUACAAAUCGCAAAAGAAGCCUGGAAAUCAACGAUGAGAAAGAGUGAGGUGCUCGCAGCGGAGUCCGUGGCCUGCUUGAAUAAAGCUCUAUGUCAUCUCAAAGACAUCUGGGAAGAGAUCGGUAUCCCGGAAGACCAGCGACUACAGAGAACAAAUGUUGUCAAGAACCACAUUAAGGAUUUACUGGAGAUGAUGAUUGCUGAGGAGGAAUCUCUAAAGAAGAGGCUCAUUAGCAGCAUCGAAACGUGCAGGAAAGAAAUGGAAAAACUCUGUCUGGAUCUCCAGCUGCCCCUGUUUGAGGAGGAUGUUGGGAUCAGCAUGCUCCAGCAAGAGAAGGACAUCCGUACACGGGUGGAGGUCCUGGUGAAGGAGAAGAGUCAGCGCAUGCAACAGUUGAAAGCCCUGAUGGAACAGGACCAGGACCUGAGUGACAUUCUGUGCUGCAUGCCAUAUAAGAUUGCCCCAGACUCUGUCCCAUCCCUGGAACAGCUAGACAACCUCCACCAGCACAUCGCCACGCAGACAGCAGAAAAGGAGAGGCGGCAUGCAGAGUUUGUGGACCUGAAGAAGCAGAUCAUUCUGUGCAUGCAGGAUCUGGACCAGAUUCCAGAGACCAGUUUUGAGAAGGACAUUAUCUGCGAGGAUGAAGAGGCAUUCUGCCUGUCCCUAGAGAACAUCACAUCGCUUAAACUACUCCUUUGCCUGCUGGAAGAACGUAAGACGGAGUUGGAGGCAACAUGUGAGACUCAUCGGGAGAGGAUCCAGGGGCUGUGGGCCCGACUGGAGGUCCCCCAAGAGGAGAGAGAGGCUCUCUCUGAACACAUGGUCACAUCCAAAAGGAAGAACCUGGAAGCUUUAGAAGCAGAGGUUCAGCGUCUGGAGGGGCUCAAAUUGCUUAACAUCCAUAAUGUUACUGAAGCCAUCCGCACUGAGAUUGCUGUGUUUUGGGAGAAGUGUUUCUGCAGCCGUGAACAGCGACAUGCUUUUGUGCCAUAUUUUAGUGAGGAUUUUACAGAGGAACUUCUGAGGCUGCAUGAUACUGAGAUCCAGCGUUUGAAGCAGCAUUAUGAGGAACAUAAGGAGCUUUUUGAAGGGGUUCAUCAAUGGGAACAGAGCUGGAGACUCUUCUUGGAGCUGGAGAAAAAGGCCACAGAUCCAGCAAGGUUCACAAACAGAGGAGGGAAUCUGCUUAAAGAGGAGAAGCAGAGAUCUGAGCUACAGAAAAGCUUGCCCAAACUUGAAAAGAAGCUAAAAGCACAAAUUGAUAUGUGGGAGGGUGAUCAGGGAAGAGAAUUUCUUGUGAAUGGACAGAAGUUCCUGCAGUAUGUGGAGGAGCAGUGGGAGUUACACCGCAUAGAGAAGGAAAAGGAGAAACACGAACGGCAUCUUAAGAAAAACAAACAGACAGAAGAAGACAUGUUGUACGGAACAGCAGUCCGAACACCCUCUAAGAGGAGGUUCCUCGGCACCAUGACCCCCAGCAAAUCACGAAAGUUAAAUGCUACUGCCAGCAUUUCCAGUGCCACCUCUAACAGCACCAUGCGCUCAACCCAUGCUGGAACUGUCUGUCGCUCACCUGUGCCAAAUCUCCUUCACUCAGCAAAUAGGGGUUUAGCAUCAAGGACUAUAGUGCGUGGAAAGUCUCCUCAUCCAAAUCUGCAGGGGUGUAACAAAGAGAACAUGGCUCAUGUGAAGGGGACUCCUCUGAGUGGUGCGUUGAUGACCUCUGCUAGUCUACAACGUAACUGCAGCAUGACCUCUGUUGCCAGCACAUACUCAGAGUUUGUGCGAGACCUAUCCAAGGCUUGUGACACCAGGAGCAAGCCAAACAUCCUCAACUCCACCACCACUAACCUCUGACCAUGCUCUUUGGUAGUGGCUGGAUUGGCCAUAUAAUGCAGUCCAUU